UUUGCAGAGACAAAGAAAAAGAAAGAGUAAAGAUAUGAGAAGGCUGGAUCUGUUGCUACAGCCACCGCCUCGGCCCUUGCCGGCGGCUAUUGGAGGUGGAAUUGCAGAGACUGCUGGUGGUGGUACUGCUUCUUCUUCUUCGUCAUCAAUAUCGAAAGGUAAUCUGAUGCCCAGCCUACUCAUCAUCGCUUUCAUCCUGAUCGCCGUGUUACUCUUCUCAAUCAUACUCCACCUCCUCCUCCGCUACCUGAGCAGCUACUGCUGCAGAAGCUCCUCCUAUAGAGAUCACGACCUGGCCUCUGAUCACUCACAUCACUCUCACCGAAUCUCUAGCAGACGCGUGACCCCCGAGUACCAAUCCCUGAUUGACUCACUCCCUCUCUUCUCCUUCGACUCAGUCACCGGGCUCAAAAACUCAUCCGCCGCUGAUUGCGCCGUCUGUUUAUCUAAAUUCGAGCCGCACGAUCGUCUCCGAUUACUUCCUCUUUGCUGUCACGCUUUUCACGCUCGCUGCAUCGACACGUGGCUCGCAUCCAACCAAACUUGCCCUCUCUGCCGAUCAACCAUCCACGUGGACGAAUCGGACGAAUUGGCGAAGCUAGCGUCUUCGUCUGCCGCCGGCGAUAGUUUCCGGGUAGAAAUUGGGAGUUUCAGUCAACAGAGAACUGCUGUCGAUUCCAGUGGCGUUCCCAGCACCCGUAGGUCUUACUCUAUGGGAUCGUUCGACUACGUGGUGGAAGAAAACUCCGAGGUGGUGGUGGAGCACAUGCACAGGCGAGGAGUUUCUGAUUACAAUAUUGGACGGAAGGAUAAAGAUGGCGACGAAGCUCCGGCACCAAAUGUGCCAGUUCCUGAGCCGCCGGGAUCUCAAGUGGCGGCGGAAAUUGCCGGCGGCGGGAGGUCAUGGUUGAAGGAUUACGUGGACAGAUUGGCUUCUUCUUCUUCUUCUUCGUCUUUUUCGUCUCAUACUGUAUCAUUUCGAUUUUCAGGGGGAACUUUUACCGGAAGUAGUCACCGGAGCGAUGGUGUCGUCGCCGGUGCUGGGGUACCCGGGAGUUGGGAUUUGGAAGGAAACUGGAUCAGCGAAGAACUGGGUAGCUUCUUUCGUUGGUUGUCUGGGGUAUGACUGGCAAUUUGGGCUAAUAGUUGGGGUAGUUU